CAACAAUGCAUUUGCACCUUCUCUUUAUUUUCUCUGAUCAUACACCACGCGCAUUUCCAAAGUCUCAUCAUUCCUUUUCCAGCAUACAUACCAGUCAACAAAUCUCAAACAUACACAACACACGCACAUGCCAAUUUCAUUUCAAUUUCAUAAAGUACAAAACAAUACAACAAUAUGCACUUUCAAUAAUACUAGUACUAUUCUAAUCCAAUAUUAUUAUUCCAUUGACUGUACGCAUCCAUAAGUAAUAUUCUCUAGUAUAAAUAUAUAAACACUCAUACCUUCUCCUUCCCACACUCAAAACCAAAAUACAAACACCUUUAUUUUCUUUCUUCAACACUAUUUAUUCCAACAAAAUCUAAUCAGGGUUUCGUGAUGGGAAAUUACGUUUCAUGCACCUUAGCUCCACCAUUGAUGAGGAACGCCAAAGCUACAAGAGUAAUUCUUCCAACAGGAGAUGUAAAGCAAUUUAGAGAAAUCAUGAAAGCUGCUGAACUUAUGUUAGAGAAUCCAAACUAUUUCUUAGUCAAUUCUCGUUCUCUUCAUAUUUCUACAAGAUUCUCUCCUCUCGCUGCAGAUGAAGAAUUGGAAUUUGGAAGUGUUUACAUAUUUUUUCCUAUGAGAAGACUCAACUCUGUUGUUACGGGGGCUGACAUGGCUGUGCUCUUUCUGGCAGCAAAUUCUGCAGCAAAACGGUUACGUGCUGGAAAGACACGUGUCCAACCGGAUGAGAGUUCGGAAGCAAAGGAUGAUGGUUGUGCUGAGAAUGAUCAAAACGACUGUGUUCCGAGGUUAAGUUUGGAAGGAGUGGAAUCAGGAUUUAGUUAUAGGUUAAGUUACUGUAGAUCAAAGAAACCUGUUUUGGAGACUAUAAAUGAAGAACCAAUUAGGUCAAGAUGAUAAGUUUAGGUUAUUAUCAAUGUUCAUUAAAAUUAGUAUAGAAGUGUGCGUAGAUCUUGGAUGAUGUUAGUUUAAAUCAUUAGGUUAGAUAUUAAUUUGGUUAUUUGAUACAAUACACUUCAAAAUAUUAUGUGAGGUUGUACGUGUGGCAAGCUAUAGUAUAUGAUUGAUCUGUACAAAAUUAAUUCGUGGACCAAACAUGUUUGCGGUGUUAUAUUCAUGACAUUUUGUUGACAACACGAAAUAGGAUUUUUUAUUUAGUUUAUUGGAUGGACAGUAAAAGCACAUGUGGGUUUGUUCUUACUUUCACUUCUAGACAAUUCAAAUGAUUUAAGAUUGAAUCGUUCAUAAGAAUGAGCUGCGUUUUCUGGAACGAUUCAAAGGAUAUGAGCGUAGAUUGCAAUAAAUAAAUUAUAAAAGAUAACACUGCACAAUGAUUUUUUUGUCAAAUAUUUUAAGCUGUCCUAUAUUUGACAUAUACAAUGACUUGUUUAUUUUAUUGUUUUAGUUUUGGAAUAGUUAUUUACCUUACGGAUAGUCCGAGAAAACCCAAUAUUCUGUUACAAAAACACGAUGUAGUUUUUCAGUCGUAGGGGCUAGUGUUGAAAACAAGGCGUUUUGUGUUAAUGGAAAGUGCUUAUGAAUACUAGAGGAGGGAAUACA